AUGCCCGCAUCUCGCCGGUCUCGAGUGACGUUGGGCAACGAAGAUGGCGGCGGGAACGAGCAAUUACUGGGAAGAUCUCAGGAAACAGGCUCGACAGCUGGAAAAUGAACUUGACCUGAAACUCGUUUCCUUCAGUAAACUAUGUACAAGUUACAGUCACAGCAGCACCAGAGAUGGAAGACGCGACAGGUAUAGUUCUGACACAACACCCCUUUUAAAUGGAUCAAGCCAGGACAGAAUGUUCGAGACAAUGGCAAUUGAGAUUGAGCAGCUUUUGGCCAGGCUUACAGGAGUAAAUGAUAAGAUGGCAGAAUAUGCCAACAGUGCAGGUGUCCCCUCCUUGAAUGCAGCACUAAUGCAUACAUUACAGCGACAUAGAGAUAUACUGCAGGACUAUACACAUGAAUUCCAUAAAACCAAAGCAAAUUUUAUGGCAAUACGGGAAAGGGAGAAUCUUAUGGGAUCAGUGCGAAAAGAUAUUGAGUCAUAUAAAAGUGGAUCUGGAGUGAAUAACAGGAGAACUGAACUAUUUUUGAAAGAACAUGACCACCUUCGAAACUCAGAUCGCCUGAUAGAAGAAACAAUAAGCAUUGCUAUGGCAACAAAAGAAAAUAUGACUUCACAGAGAGGAAUGCUAAAGUCAAUUCACAGCAAAAUGAACACUUUGGCCAAUCGUUUUCCUGCUGUGAACAGCCUAAUCCAGAGGAUCAACCUCAGGAAGAGGCGAGACUCACUCAUCCUGGGCGGGGUCAUCGGGAUCUGCACUAUCCUGUUGCUGUUGUACGCUUUCCACUGAUGGCGCACCUCAGGGACUCGGCAUCCACCACCUUCAAGCCCUGAUCUGGAAUAAGGAAAGUAGGAAGGAGAAGUCGGUUGUCCAUCCCAAUCCUGAGCCUGACCAGCCAGAUGAAUUGGAAAUUUAGAGCAGUGGGCUCUGACAUUGGCAGGUUGAGCCGAAGCCAUGGUCUUUCUGCUGUAAUUUAAAAAGCAACACAGCAACAAAGGUGUUCAGUUGCUUUUGUCUCCCUGGAAGCCAGGUAAACCAAUCAAAAGCAGAGUACCUGUGCUGGACUCCUCAUGAAACCAGGUUCUGCCACAUCCAAAGACUGCUUUCCUGUCAGCCACCAGAUUGGGUUGUGAAUAAAAAUAAUUCUUAUCCUUUUAUUUAACACUCGUGAUGAGAAAUCACAAGUCCUUUCAUGAUGAUCUGUGCUGUAGAUUUCUACUCUUGUCCCAACUCUCUUGGGAGUGAAGAAAAAUUUUUCACUGAUCCUUUGAGAUACUAACAGGCCAAUUUCAUCAUGUUUGAGGUGGUCUGAACUGGAGAACACUGUGCAAAACAGGGGGUCUCUUUUUUUU